AUGAAAUUCAUCCUACUAACGACGCUUGUGGCGGCCUGUUCAUGUGCCCGCCUGGACAACAACUACUUGCCUCCACCGGGAGCAGCAGCGGCAGGUGGCGGUCCCGGCCUGACAGCACCCUCUCCUUCGGCGGGUGGAUUCGGUAGCAAACCGCCGGGUGGUGGUGGAGGUCCUGCAGGAGGAUUCGGUGGACCAGGAGGAGUAGCUCCCGGUGGGGGCGGUUUCGGUGGCGCUGGGCCUAGUGCGGGCGGUUUUGGAGGUCCAGGAGCUCGACCAGGUUCCUUAGGAGGUGCUCCGGCUGGUGGACGCCCCAGUGCACCCUCUCCUGCCUAUGGACCUCCUUCUGGAGGAUUCGGUGGUGGAGCACCCUCUGCAUUUGGCGGCGGUGGUGGUGCUGGUGGUGCUGGUGGAGGCCCAUCGUCCUUUGGAGGAAGUUCUGGUGCCCCGUCGGGAGGUUUCGCUCCCAGUUCCGGUGGGUUCGGUGGUGGUUCCCCUGCAGCAGCUCCAGCCCCGGCUGGCCCUAGCCAACCCCCAAUUGAGAUCAUCUCCUACGAGAACAUGAACAACGGUGACGGAAGCUACAAGUACAGCUAUGAAACGGCCAACGGUAUCAAGGUUCAGGAACAGGGUGAGGUUAAGAACAAGGGCUCAGAGAAUGAGAUCCAGAGUGUGCAAGGUUCGUACUCGUACACCGCUCCGGACGGUCAGGUCAUCACGGUAACGUACAUUGCCGACGAGAACGGCUUCCAGCCGCAAGGAGACCAUCUGCCCACACCACCACCCAUUCCGGAGGAAAUUCGCAAGGGAUUGGAAGCGAUCGCUGCCGCUCAGGCUGCCGGAGGUGGUGCGUCCCCGGGAGGACCUAGCGGAGGCUACCCGAGCGGAGCUGGUGGUGGUCAGCCAUCUCAGGGCGGCUAUCCGGGUUCGGUGACCGGUUCCGGAGGAUACCCAGCGGGGGCCGGUGGUCCCGGAGCUCCGUCCGGUCAGCGUCCGUCAGGAGCCGGAGCAGGACAAGGUGGUUAUCCGAGUGGGCCAGCGGGUGGCACGGGAUCAGGAUAUCCGGCGGCAGGAGGACCAGGAGGAGCGGCUGGCUAUCCGGCGGCUGGAGGACCGGGAGGAGCGGCUGGCUAUCCAGGACCGGGCGGUCCAGCUGGAUCACCCGCCGGAUCCCGCCCCAGUGCACCAGGAAGACCGUCCGGCAAUGGUUCGUUUAACCCGCAGUCCGGCUACCAGUAUUAA